CGGACACAACGGGCAUGAAAUAUCUUUAUCGCAACACUAGCGCUCAUCUAAAAGGCUGCAGUCAACCCAUAGCCUGCCAUGGAAGCACUAGCCUAGAAACGCACGUACAAGAUCAAAACAGCAACUUGCUAUUAAUAUCCACAGUAGGACUCUUGCUAAAUGUCAAAGGUGACCUAUACAGUAAGGACUUUGGGGGUCAGAUAUCUUGGCUGCUGAAAUGUUUUGUGCCAAAUCUAAAAAUACCUCUUAUUUCAUAAAGAAGGAUCACAACCCCAAACUGGCAACCUUCAACUUUCCUUAGAGUUCUGAAACGUUAUUCGAAGCAGUUGGGAACAGAUGCCAGUCGUGUGGUUUAUAUUGGGGUAGUAACAAACACUUUGAGCAGCAGUGCAAUCAAGACUGUUGCCAGUUGCAGAUGGUCUUGACUAAGGAACUCAAAUAUUUCAAUGAGAAUGAACAAGGUUGGGGCACAGCAGACAAAGAAAGCCUCUCCGGGGUCGAAUGAAGUUGGAAUGCAGUUCACCAGUGUAUCCAGACCCAAAACAACCAUCCGUUUGAGGGAUCUCUAUGACCCUAAACCUGAACCAGUAAAACCACCAGUCAGAAUACGUCCUCCCAGUCCUAGACCUCCUCCAUCUAAGGAGCCUGUUUUUGGGCGCAGCCUCUCUUGCAAUCCACCGACCAAGCCCAUUAUAAGAAGGCGAGCCCAGUCCCUGCCUUCAUCCACAGAGAGGAAGAAAAGCCCAAGAAACCUGCAGGUGCGCUUUGUGGACUCACUGGGCCUCGAACUGGAAGAUGUCAAAGUAUUUAAAGUCGGUGAGGACCCUUCAAUACCCCUUCAUGUCAUCUCUAGGCUGCUGAUGAGCUCGGAGGUGGCAGCAGGGAAACCAGUAGAGUUGUCUCUGCCCUACUUCAAACCCUGCUUUGCUGAAGACAUGGGAGCUCAGCCGGGUUUUCUGAAGCGCCUAUGCAUUCAGCGAGUUUGUCUGGAGCAUGUCUUGUGCUCAGAGCAUGGAAUAGCAGGUACCAUACAAGUCAUUAACUCAGCUUUUGAGAAAAAUGUAAUAGUGCAUUACUCGUUUACUAAUUGGAGGAGUUGUGCAGACACCAAGGCAUGCUGGGUGUCGACCGUACAGCGUUUGGCCACUGACGGGCCAGAAUCCGAUGUCUUCCGAUUUCGCCUACCAGUUCCACCUUUUAUAUUGCAGCCUGGAGCAAUCUUGGAGUUUUCCAUCUGCUACCAAGUCAUGGGUUGUGAAUACUGGGACAAUAAUAAUGGGCGCAAUUACAUGCUGUCAUGCCAUAGCUACAAGUUGACAGUACCAAAAGAAUGUGAGAACAGUAUGGUGCAUUUCACAUGAAUGGCCAAGUUUUACCAAUGCAUUUAUCUGAGGUUUGCUUAAAAUGGUAGGAAUACCCACAACUCAAACUUGUUCUUCUACUCCAUGGGAGCUAGAAUAAUGACUCUUUGAGGUUUUACUAGAAAGAUAAAUCUAAUAUAGAGCAAAACCUUUUCAAUUAACUUUUUGGUUCCACUGUCAUUAAUAGAAUCAAGACCCAUAUUUCUGUUUUGGUGCUGUGUGUGUAUUUGACAUAGCGUCUUCCACCUGUCUAAGGGCACUACUAAUGAGUUUGCUCAUUUAUCACUUCUGCAAGGCCUGUAAUACAAUUCCAUGGUAGGCUGCGUGUCCUCAAAGUAACUGUCUGGAACUAUGACACAGCUGCAGUAGACAGGAGUUUCUGGUGAAUAUUCAAGGACUGCAAGCUUAAGAUUGUAGUCUUUACAAUUCAUUCAAUCUUAUGGGAAAUUACUACACUAUAAUGUACUCUAUAAUACCAUAACAUAUUAACCAUCAAAUUCAACAAACUGAUCUUCUAGAUUUUCUAGACACAGUUUGUAUCAUGGUAUAAAGUUAUGGAUUUUGUUUGUAAUGGUUAAGAUGUGGAUAGAACAUUGGGUUAAGAGUAAUCAACCUCAUACAAGUCUACUUGACCUUUCCUAACACUUAAGAGUUAAGAUUUCUGGCAGUGCAAUGGAAUGGCAUCUUAGAGAUUCAUUCUUUCAUGUCCCUUUUUUAGUACAGCUGUACAAGAAGCACAUUGCAUGCUGCAAACAUGAGUUGUGUUAUCGAAACGUUGUGGAAAAUAAAAUGCACACUCAAACUUGCUAAACAGUUUUGAAACAUUUCAUUUUUAUAUGAAGGAUUUUGUCUUGAUUGCCCAUUGUACCGAAUUGACUUCUCAUUUCGAUUUUAUUGUCAUGUGAGAUAGUUACACUAUUUGAGAUGCUGAUAUUAAAAUAAGCAACAUAUAUCUAACACUUUUUGUCAGAAUAACAGUGUAUAUCCCACCUCAGCUCAAUUCACACAUUUUUCUACUGCCUUUUUAAAACUGUGCAUGAGUUCUAUUGUUGUAUGUGGUCACUAGAUGGAGUCAAAUCCUCCAUUUCAGUGGAGUUUAGUUCAAAUUCAGAAACGUGAAAGGAUGAACUCAACGUUUGUGUGACUCAAUAUAUGACAAAACUUGCUUUUUGUGCAUUCAAUUAGCUCAGUUCUAUGAUUAAGAGGAGCAAAUUGAAGAAGGGAAUCAGCUCAUCAAGUCUGAUUGCAGACGUUGAUCCCUGUUCAA